AUGACGUCCAACAUUGGCAUCCCGAUCAAGCUCCUCCACGAGGCCACGGGCCACAUCGUGACGGUCGAGCUUACCAACGGCAACUCCUACCGCGGCACCCUCCUCGAUGGCAAGUCUUCCGCCCCAACCUCUUUCCCUUCCUCCCAUUCCUUCCAUCCCGAGGACUCCAUGAACGUCCAGAUGAAGGACAUUACCGUCACCUCGCGCGAGGGCCGCGUCUACCACGUCGACCAGGUCUACAUCCGCGGCUCGCACGUCCGCUUCUUCAUCAUCCCUGACAUGCUCCGCAACGCGCCCAUGUUCCGCGCCCGCAACGUCCGCGGCCGCGGCGUCGGUCUCGCCCGUGGACGAGCCACCGUCAGUCGCGCCCGUGCCACCGGCCGCGGCGGUCGCUAG